AUGAAGGUGCGCGUGGUGCAGAUCUGGGGCUUCCUGAUGACGGUCCUGGGAUGGAUCUUCGUGGCGUGCACCAUGGCCAUGGAGGGCUGGAAGAUCACGUCCAUCGGGGGCAUGGGGGGCUCCUCCAUCAUCAAGGUGGCCUGGUACUGGUCCAGCCUCUGGAGGUCCUGCUUCACCGACUCCACCGCCGUCAGCAACUGCUACGACUACCCCGUUCUCUGGUCCGUAGAGGGUCACAUCCAGAUCGUGCGGGGUCUCCUGAUGUCCUCUCUGUCUCUGGGGAUGCUGGGCUUCGUCCUCAGCCUGCUGGGGAUGGAGUGCACCUUCCUCGGAGGGAAAGAUCGAUCCAAGUACAAGAAGAUCUACGCUGGAGGGUGCUGCCAUAUAGUCAGCGGUCUGCUCUCGAUCUGCGGCUACGCUGUUUAUGCAGAAUACGUCUCAGUGGAAUAUUUCAACCCAGACUUUGAUGGACUCAAGUACGACCUGGGUACUCCGAUCUUCCUGGGCUGGGUGGGCUCCUCCUUCCACGCCACCGGAGGAUUCUUCUACCUCUGGUCCGUCUGCAGGCCGCUCUGUGGAGGAACCACAACGGUGAUCACGGUGCAGCCUCUCCCAGACCUGGAGCAGAACAAGUCCACCACGGCUCUGUCCUCCGUGUCCGGGAUCACCUCCAAGACCAAAGUGUCCUCCGUGUCCUCCGUGUCCGAGCUGUCCUCCAAGUCCUCCGUGUCCUCCAAGUCCGACCGCUCCGACCUGUCGGGGAUCUCCUCCAGGUCAGGAACCACGGCCGGGUCGGGGAGGUCCUCCAAGACCGGCAGGACGGCCAGGUCUGGGGGGUCGGAGCGGUCUGCAGGGUCCAGAGGGUCUGGGGGGUCCAGAGGGUCUGGAGGGUCCAGGUCUGGGUCAGGGUCUGAGUCGGGCGUGUCCUCCAGGUCCUCGGUGUCCAGUCUGUCGGGGUCGAGGAGCAGCAGGACGCCGUCGUCUCUGUCGGGCAGCGAGCGGAGCGAGAGGACGCCGUUCAUUAAAAACUCUUACAUCUGAUCCAUC